AUGGCGCCCGUGGGCAUCGCCGUUAUCAGCCUCGGAACCCCGAAGCAGGGAUUUCUCCCAACCCCAGACCACGAAUCUCAAAGUCCAUUGGAGCUUCUAGAACAAGCUGACCACCCCAGCGGGAUGAGAGCGCAUCUUGUAGCACAGUAUCCACCAUCGCCACAUGAACCAGAUCAAGCAAAGGGCGACACAGCCCUGCCCAUAUCAAUCCCGCAACCACAACACCACCUCCACCGCGCCCACCGGACGCCACCACCUCCAUUGCGCCCACCGGACACCACCACCACCACCGACGUGCCAGACGUCAUGGAGGAGACGAAGCACGGGACGGAUCCUCGGCCACCGCAUCGCGCCGCCACGCCCGACCAUGCCGGCCGCCAGACAGGGCCGACCAGAUCUGGGCCAUGCCCAGACCCACCAUGCUCCCGCACGUCCGGCCUUCCCCAACCACGCCGAUGGAGAGAUCCACCAUCGGCCAGGCCGCCGACCGGCGCCCAAGCCACCACCACCCGCAGCAAAUGGAUAUGGGCAAGCCACCACCACCCGCAGCAAAUGGAUAUGGGCAGAGAGAGCCCCAGAUGCGCCGCCAUCGGAUUCCACGGUCGGCCCCACGUUGCCCUCGCAGCCGUGAAGGCACAGCCCCGUCGAGAUCCCCUGGGGCCGCCGCCCCAGCGCCCAAACUCCACGCGCGCGCCGUCCAGCCACAGUGAGCAAGACCACGCCGCCCUGCCUCCAGCAUGCACAACAUGCACAAGGCCGCACCGCGCUGCGCACGCGCCCUGCAUCUGCGCCGUCGGGCGCCUCCUCGACCCAGAUGAGUAG